AUGGGUUUCUUCGACGGCCCUUUGGGCCCUCUGCAACUUUAUAAGUCGAGCAAGCUCACAAUAGCUUUGACUACCCUCUCUUCAUGUAUCUUUGCGACGACAACUGGAUACGAUACAGCGUUGAUAAACGGCAUCAACAUCAUUCCCUCUUAUACCGAAACCUUGAAGCUUACCACAGUCACUAAGUCGCUCAAUGCCGCAGCAUCAUUCCUUGGCUGGGCUAUCGUGUCGACAUUCAUGGGUCCAGUGGUGGACCGUGUCGGACGCAGGACUGGUGUCUUGAUCUCUGUGUUUCUGAAGCUGAUCGGUGUUACAUUGAUGACGGCGGCCCAGAAUGUUGAAAUGUUUGUCAUUGGGAGAAUGGUUUUGGGUGCUGGAUCAGGCACGUCGUCAAUAGCCGCAUCGACCGACGGAGAUCGAACAGAUCCCGUUGCGCUGGAGCAAUUUCAGGAAAUUGUCAACACGCUCGAGGCGGAGCGUCGCGCUGGAAAGAAGUUGACAUACAAAGAGGUGCUGCGGACACCGAACUCCCGAAGACGCCUGAUGCUUGUCGUAUCAGUUGCUGUGCUCGCGAUGUCUAGCGGAAAUAAUAUUGUCUCAUAUUACUUGGGCGACAUGCUCAAGCAUGCUGGAAUUACCAACACGCAUACCCAGCUCGAAAUUAACAUCAUUCUUAACGCAUGGGCUCUUACUGUUGCCUGUGUUGGAACAGUUCUAAUGAAUGUUGCCGGACGUAAGAUGAUGUGCCUUGUAUCAGUUGGGGGAAUGACUCUGUUCCUAUUUCUUGUUGGUGCAUUUACAAAAUUAUACGGAGGAGGAGGCAAUAUAUCUGGCGUGUAUGGAACAGUGGCUACAAUUUUCCUUUUCCAGGGAAGCUACUCGAUUGGAAUUACUCCUCUUACGAUUCUAUAUCCGCCAGAGGUCCUCAACUUUUCUAUCCGAAGCAACGGAAUGGCGGCGUGGACAUUUUCCAUUACUUGCGGCGGUUUAUUCAGCGUCUUUGUAUGGCCAAUAGCGCUCGAGCAUAUUGGAUGGAGAACCUACAUGAUCAAUGCUGCAUGGAAUGUAGUACAAUUCAUAUUUGUAGCAAUCUUCUGGGUUGAGACGAAGGGCUUGACUCUCGAACAGAUUGAUGCCAAAUUCGAGGAAUUAAACCAGAGUGGCAACCUUGAUGUCGAAGAAAGCAACAACGGAAAGGAGAUGUUGGAAGGGGUGGAGAUGACUGAUAAGGAGGAUGAUGCUCCAGCAUCCACCAAGUUGGAGAGUGUGGCCCCGGUGAAGGAGCUCUAA